CUCUCUCUCUCUCUCUCUCUUCCCCCUUCGGAACAGAGCACGGCCACGGUUCGCGCAAACUUCUGGUUUCAGGAGCUAGCGAGAUCGAGAUCGAGAUCGAGCAAUCGACAAUGCCAGCGUCUCCGAGAUGGCUGUCCGUCAGCUUCGCGGCGUUCCUGGUGCUGCUCGUGUGUGCGGGUGGCGGAGCGAGCGGCAGGGAGCUCUCGGGAUCGAAGAUCGAAGAGCAGACCGGGGAGCUGCAGGGCGUGAAGAACUCAUCAAUGGCGGGCAGGAUCAGCGUUGAACGGAACGAGCACGCAGUCGAUGACCCGGAGGAAGUAGCUUCAAUGGUUGAUAUGAGCAUCCGGAACAGCACGGCGAGGAGGAACCUCGGAUUCUUCUCUUGUGGGACCGGGAACCCAAUUGAUGAUUGUUGGCGGUGCGACCCGAAGUGGUACCUCCGUCGGAAACGCCUGGCCGACUGUGCCAUUGGUUUCGGGCGCAAUGCCGUCGGGGGUCGGGACGGCAAGUACUAUGUGGUGAGUGACCCGGGUGAUGACGACCCGGUCAACCCACGGCCCGGCACGCUCCGCCAUGCGGUCAUCCAGGACAGGCCCCUGUGGAUAGUGUUCAAGAGAGACAUGGUGAUCACCCUGAAGCAAGAACUCCUCAUGAACAGCUUUAAGACGAUUGACGGGCGCGGGGCCAACGUGCACAUCGCUAAUGGGGCCUGCAUUACGAUUCAAUACAUCACUAAUGUCAUCAUCCACGGUGUUCAUGUUCACGACUGCAAGUCCACCGGCAACGCCAUGGUUCGAAGCUCGCCUUCGCAUUACGGGUGGAGGACGAUGGCUGACGGGGACGGCAUUUCCCUUUUUGGUGCGAGCCACGUUUGGAUCGACCACAAUUCUCUCAGCAACUGCGCCGACGGCCUUAUCGAUGCUAUUAUGGGCUCAACUGCUAUUACAAUCUCCAACAACUAUUUCACGCAUCACAAUGAGGUGAUGCUACUAGGUCAUAGUGAUUCUUAUGUAAAAGACAAGACCAUGCAAGUGACCAUUGCCUACAAUCAUUUUGGAGAAGGGCUCAUCCAAAGAAUGCCCAGAUGUAGACACGGGUACUUCCAUGUGGUGAACAAUGACUAUACGCACUGGGAGAUGUACGCAAUAGGCGGGAGCGCCGAGCCCACCAUCAACAGCCAGGGCAAUCGGUACCUUGCUCCCACAAACCCCUUCGCCAAGGAGGUGACAAAGAGAGUCGAAACAUCGACAAGCAUGUGGAAGAGCUGGAACUGGAGAUCAGAAGGAGAUCUCAUGUUGAACGGAGCAUUCUUCACACCCUCGGGAGCUGGAGCCGGAGUCGGCUAUUCCCGGGCUUCAAGCUUAGGGGCUAAAUCUUCUUCCUUAGUCGGUCCACUGACGUCCGACUCUGGAGUGCUUGUUUGCCGCCGGGGCCGUGCGUGCUAGUCCCCAAUCACGACAAGUUAAUGGAGAGACAGAAGCAGAAGAAAUACAGAGGACUGAAGAACUAGCUCAGUUCUUUCUUCUCUCUCUCAGCCUUAAUACACUGGCCAGGGCAGUCAAUAUUACAUCUGCCACGUUGAAUUACUUUCCUUCUUCUUUGUUUGCGUAUAGUGGGAUGAUUAUUGGAGAGAAGUGUACAUUUUCAUCGCGGUGUGCCAUUUGUAUAAAAAGAUUUGUACACUCAGUUUCAAUGUCAUUGGUCGACCUCGGCCUGAGUUUGGGCGCCGACGGGUUGUUCA